AAUUGUUGUGAUAAACUUAUUAAAUAGGUUGAAUGUGAAAAAAAAGAAGCGCGAAGGCUCAUGGGAAUCACGCAUAGAGUUCCUAAACUGGUGCCCAGUGUGGCCGCUGAUCUGUGGCUGCAACUGCCGGAGUCAGUAAUGUACCAGGUGAUGUUGCACGUGUCCUUCCGAGACGUCGUCAGCUGCUCCUCCGUCUGCAUGAUCUGGAACAGAGUGGCCAAUGAUGACAUGCUGUGGAAACACCACUUCUACCACUACUGGCGGAUCGAUCGUGCAAUCGCGAUGGCGCCUGGAGGCGUGUCGUGGCUGGGCGAGUUCAUUCGGCUGUUCACGCGGUGUCCGCUCGUGGAAGCGGAAGUGCUGAGGGACCACUCGGACCAAGUGAACCACGUCUCUUUCUCCAAUAAUGGAAAGAUGUUCUCCACUUGUUCCAAGGACGGAUUCAUCAGAGUAUGGCAGAACAACAGCAUCGUAUCUGGCUCUUCAUCAUCUUCUGGUCUUUCUGGAAGCUGUACUUUGAAGCACAGUGCCAACAUGAAGAAGUACACGUGGCAGUAUACUCAGCUGUCCCAGUUCAAUGACACCGACACUCUUCUGUUGGUGUCGGGAGUUCACUUUGGAUACCAGAGCACUUCAGGGGAGAUAGCAGUCUUCAAUCUCAAAGAGUUUGCUCUGCAGUCAAGAGUGUCCAAUAAACCUCAUGACAUCUUCGGGACGUGGUUGACGGAAAGCUACCUUAUCUCCGGCAACUUCCACAGCCUCACCCGCCAACGCAGCUGCAGCAUCCUCUGGCUCAACAAAGCGACCCAGGAGAUCAAACAUGAAGACGAAACUGUUGUCCUUCAGCUGUUCAAGUUCAUAAACGAGUCACACAGUGCUGUUCGAUCUGUGAAAGUAGCCGCUAAUCACCUCAUCGGAAUGUACGACUCAUAUUACACUGGGGUCCGACCGAGAAUCGAAGAGAUGCCGCUCCACCACCGCGGAAGCCUAUGUCCGAGUUACCGUCCGGUACCAGAGAUGGAUCAGACGAGUCACAGCUACUUUGAGAACUCGGAGACCUACUCCGAUUCUGACGGGUGGUUCAAGCACAGUGUUCGCAAAGCGAGUGAGAUGUCUACCAGGAGCAAAGUGGACGAACAAGAUAUGUUCACUGGAAACUUAGGACAAGCUUCCUCUCAUUGCCUGUUCCCUCGCAGUUUCUCAUUUGGAGCGAACUGUCUCAGCAGCUACCCCGUUUCCCCCAUGAAGUCAGACGCCGCUUCUCUGUCCAGCACGUCCAGGUCUGUCGCUGGACCCAGUCACAUGCACAUAAACCCUGUUAAGAUGGGAGGAACUGUCUCGACUCAGUUGAGCUGUGGAACCCCGGACCCUCUGGAGUCAGUUUUGGAUCACUUGGAUUUCUUGGAAUCCGACUCGUAUUUGUACCCAGAAUUGGAUCUUGACGAAGACGAAUCUGAAAGUAUAUCGAAUGAAAACGGACUAGGAACUGAUUACGAUGAUGUCGAUGACAAAGGACGCUGUGAUUCAGUUGACAGGAGAUCGAGUGACAAAGGCGCAAGUAGUCAAUGUUCAUCAAGUGGUGACCACGAUGACAACAAUGACUCUAACGAUCAAAGCUGUGCACAGCCGAUUCCAACGUUGAAGCGGCACAAAAGAGGUAACAGUCAAGAUUUUUCGGGAACAUGCUUAGACGGAACUCCCAAGCAGAACAUGACGUCAUCCGUCAGCAAUCCAGAUCUGGCAUUCAGCUCGACUUUGAAGGAAAAUGAAAUUUUCGUCAGUUGGGAGAUUGCAGAUAAGAACAAUUUCCACCUUCCCCUGGAUGGCGCCGAAAAUCAGGAAGGAUCGGAGCGUUCUGCUCUUCUUUCGCCAGAAGGGCGUUUAAGUUUAAGACUUAAUGAUUCACCAAAAGAAAGUGUGAGUGAAGACGCAGACAGUAACUUCGGGGAGGGGGGCUGUCGCAGUGGGGCGGAAGGGCUGAGUGGGUAUGCCACUGACACCGAGGGGGGAGAGCGGGAGAGCCAGUGGGAUAUGGAGAGUGCGAGGAACUUCCCCCCGGUAAGGAGGAGGAACAGGAUGAUACACAACCCAUCCGCAUCCGCCGGCUUCCCUUUCCCUCUGCUGGAGGAGGGGAGUGUCCUACUUGGCCAGAAUUAUUCUCCGGGGCCCUCUUUCGUCAUCCGAGAGCCGCUCUACUUGUUAUUCACGCUGGGGUCACGUGCUUUCAUUCCCGACCAGCUGGGCUUGAAGAGAGUGAGUCCGGAGGUGACCAAUGUCUCCGCCGGCUCAGUGCCUCUUCGGGACGGCGAGCAUGAGUUUGACGCAGUUGAUCACGUGAUCUCGUUCAAUGGACACAUUGUGGGAUACGCUCUCUCGCCCGAUCACAGAUACGCCUACGUCAAUGUGCGCCACUGGGUAUCUGAAACACCCAACUUCGAUGACCCCCUCAAACCGCCUCCCAUCUCGCAGACUGUGUCGAUGCAUGUUGUGGACCUGGUCACUCAGCAGCUGUUGCCUCUGCCUCCCUUCACCGGCCACAAGGCAUUCACGCCUGCAAUCGAGUGUCUCUUCCUCUUUCUCGACGUCAGCCAAAACUUUGUGGCCAGUGGAGCUGAGAACAAGCAGGGGUACAUUUGGGAUCGACACUACCGAUGCUUCCUUGGAACCCUACCCCAUAACGAUGUGGUGUCGGCUGUCGUGUUCAACCCGGUCGACCAGGAAAUGGCUGUCACUGUCAGUGACGACCACACCGUUAAAGUAUGGCGCUCGAGAACUCAAAUGCGAAGGCUGAGGAAACUUCAACCAGAGAAGUUCAGCGUCCUUCGUCCGGACACUUCGGUGCUGGAAAGUUCGACUGGAAACCCAGAACCAGUUCCCUGUUCCAGUACGAUGUUGACUGCGGGGCUUCAUGAUGUCCAAUUGACAAGUGGCCCAGUGAGACGGUCCUUUACUCAAAAGACAAGUGAGACCUCUGAAAGUGAUGUUUUGUCAGAUUAGAACAAGAAAUUAAGUAGCUGUAGAUCAAAAAAGAAUUUAGAUUUGUAUUGAAGUCCUGAGAUUGAUGUUAAUAAUUCUAAGUUUUAUCGAAGCAGUUACUUUUACAAAAGUGCUCUUUUAUCUGGGAUAGGGUUUCAUUUCAGAUUGUUUUUCUAAUUCAGCAUUUUGACCGUUGCAUGGUCUUGAAGUUUUUUGAAAAUCAAAUUGAUUUCAGUUCGUGUUUUCUGCUGCUGAAACAUGAAUAUUUCUAGAAUGGCAUCUUUUUAAUCAAAGAAAUUUGAGAGCGCUCAACAUAAUAAUUUGUUGUAUCUAUUCUAUCUAAACCGCUGUUGUGCUGUCAUUUUUGUACUAAUUGAUACUUUCUUUAUUGAAAUCGACUUUUUUCCUUGGCAAUUAAUUAGUUCA